AUGAGUAAUUCGCCACAAAAUGAGGCAGAGGCUCGCGAAAAGGUAAGCAAAUCGUGGGAAAUCCUGCAAAGAAAAGUUGAAGGGUUGGAUUUUCAAAAGAUGAGACUUUAAGGGGGCUAGGACUAAAAACUGAUGUAGGUAAAGAGAAAUCCAUUGUAGUUCCAUAAAGAAGGAUUACUUAACUUUUGAAUUGGUCGAAACUGUACGGAGUAGGCCAUAACAUAACCUUUUCGAAGGACAAUUCGGAAAGCAGUCCUUCUGGAUUGUCCUCUAUCAGGUUCAUCGUCCCCUAGUCACUCGGUUCCUCGCAGACCCCAUGAUUUCUUCAGAUGCGCGAGCUGAUGUCGCGUCCACCAUCGAGCCGACCAGCUGAUUUCGUGAACCCUCUUGAAAAGAUCGAGCAACUGCUGACGUGUCCAAUUUGUCUCGAUCGCUACAAGUAAGUCUCUUCUCGCUCUCCUUCCCCUCCCUCCCUCUCCAUCUCUUCGUGUCUCACCAGCUGUUCGUUCGAAAGAACAGAAGUUAGUUCAGAGGGAAAACAAAGCUUGAGGAGUGCAAUUGGAAGCGAGAGCGUGUGACUGACCAGUGUCGUCACAUGACCUCGAGUACCGCUCGCCGAACCUGGGACCGGCUCCCAGCCUGGUACGGCCAGCGGAUGCAUAAUAAACAACCCGGUGUUUGCGCAGUGUAGGCAAAAAAACAACAAAAUCAGGAAGGGUGUGACUGUUAUGAACGUCUGAAGUGAUCAACAAAAUCAUUGAAGGGAAAAGAUAGAUCACGCACGAACGAGUGAUGCGGAAGUCUCUCUGAUGCUGUACUUGUUUGAGAAAUACAAACUUCAAGAAUGAAUCACUCGUCUUCGUAUUUCGAAACAGCCCGUUUGUCUAUCUCGAACGGCCUUUCCCCUUCUCUUUUACAACCGAGGGCCACUGUUUUGCUCCCGUUUGCCAAUCGGAUCCUCCGCCAACUCCCAACUAUCUUGCCAUUGGUUGCAAGAGUGUGUGUGUGUGUGUAUUACACAGAUCGGCGACUCUGAGAGAAAGAAAGAAUCGCGCUCUUUGAAAGAUAACUCAGAGGAAAACUUUUAUGAUUGCGAAAUCGAUUGCAGACAGCCGAAGCUUCUCCCCUGCCAGCACACAUUCUGCUAUCCGUGCCUCGAAAGCUGCGCGGACACUUUGCAUCGCACUCUGAAAUGCCCAGAAUGCCGUGCAGAACACAAUAUUCCUUACGACGGAGUAAAGGCGUUUCAGGUGAACUCGUUCGUGUUGCAGUUGAAAAUAUAAAUAAUUUCAGCCGAAUUACACGCUAACAGGGUUUCUCGAGAUUCAUUUGCAAGCGACUCCAGAGUCGGCUGCAGAAAUCGAAGAGUACAUUCACAGGUACAACUUGGAACGGUGCAAAAUCUGUGAUGAGAAGGCCGACUGCGAACCGUGUGCUCAUUGCGACCGAAAGGCGUGCAAAGAGUGCAGACAGACGCACAUGGACAUGCUGAAAAGAGACAUGUCCCGACUGUUGAACCAGGUGAAACGACUGGCCAACCGAAUAACGGAAGCUUCUGAUAACCUGUCGAAGGGCAUCGAUAUGAUGACUUUGAACUGCGAAACGACGAAAGCAGAAGUCAAGGAGUACUUCCAUCGAUAUCAAAGAGAACUGAAAAAGAAAGAAGACAAUUUCCUCAUGGAAAUAGAUACUUUCCAAGCCACUGAGAGCAGAACCAUGAGCAACUUGCGAGAUGUUCUCGAGAUUGAAAGUUCCAACAUGAGCGAAGCUGUAUCCAGACUCGACGCGGCUAUCAAGGUACUUUUCGAAAACCAAUCAUAAGGGAAUCGAAUUCUGAAACUUCAGGGAGAAUGUUCUAUUGAUGACGCCGAGUUGGUUCGAAUGAAAAACACGUUCACUGAAGGACUGGAAUAUCUCAGGAACUUCCAGGUACAGUAGUGACUUAUUCAUUCACUUUCAAACAGUUUUCCUUUUCAGCCAGAUGCCGAUGAGCUUUUCAAUCGAAAACUUCGCUUCUCCGCAGGCGACGACGCUGCGAAACUGCCCGCAGCAAUCACGACUUCCGGAGAACUUUGCGUUCUCGUUCCACAGUUUUCUGGAAGGUUUUCCCCUUACUUUCGUGUGCACAGAGCAAUCUUCCGAGUUCAGAUACCUUCCACUCGAGCAGUCUUACCUGCCCCGUCCGUUCCGAUUGCCUUUGGAAAGUGACAAUUACCGGGUGAAAGCAGAUGAGAGGGCCAGUUUGAGAGAACGGGAAUCAGAUCGGACGACUUCUAGACACAGGUAUGGUACCGGGAAAUGGUGUAUGGAACUAAUAGUGGAUAGAAUAGAAUAGAGUGUAGAAUAGUUUCAAUCAUAACACAGUGUUAAGGUCCCGUGAUUCUGGCGUUGCGUUCGUCGAUUCAACUUCACGUUCUCAGUUGUUAAACAUGUGAAUUCCAAGAUAAUCGUUGUAGAACCGUCUUCAGUAACUUCUCUAGAAUUUGUAUAUUCACAAUGUUCAGUUCCUUCCGUGUUCUCUUUCUCACUACCUUCUCUUAGUUUUCCCUUUUCUAUCCUCUUGUUUUUUCAGUCACCGAAACCCUGAGCCUGAUGAGAGUUCUAUCCGUUACCGACGACGUCAGCAGUUGGAGGAGGAAGCAUGGAACCGUCUAAGGAACUCUUCCGCUGCCCCUUCCCUUCUCACAACCUCCACAACCGCCACAUCGGACACUUCUGCUCGCACCUCGCCGUGGGCUGCUGAUCGUGUCUCACGGUCCGUUGAGCCAACCAAGUCACGGCCAACCAGUCUGAUCGUACCGUCUACCGACUCUCCGAGAACUGUCUCGCCGGCCAGCAAACCACCGCUUCCGCCGGUCGAAAGGAACGAGGAUCCAUCGCCUGCUCCUCUCCCGCAGAUGCCAGUUCGCAAACCUCCGCUGCCACGUCAACAAUCCAGUAAUGACGAGUCAUUAAACGAAAAAGUGGAAACGAUUCGUCGUGCUCACCAGCAAAGACAGGCUGCGUCAAGAGCAGUUUCCAGCGAGGAAUCCGAAGGAGAGGAUUUUCCGGUGUCAAAUAACCGAGGACGGAUUCGCAUAGUCUGUAGAGCUGCAUCCGUCAACAGAGAGGAGGGUCUGAUGACUCUCUUGCCUGGCUCAGGAGCUAUUCUCUCGGCCCCGCUCCCCCACUCGAAUCUCCCGCCCGUCGCCUCCGCGCCAUUCUCCACACCACUCCCCGCUCCGAUCCCCUCCGCCGAUCAAGUCGCCAUUCCAGUAACACAUUUCACAGGUGAGGAAGACGACGGCGGAAUCGUCGUGCCGGCGUGGUUGCAGCGUCGGAGGCAGCGCUUCCAACGCUCGCGCACCAAUCCCGACCUGCAGGCACAGUUCACAAGUGCCAGAGUGCAGCAGCUGCUCGCCGAACGUCAAUCUCGUUUAGACUCGUCCACCACGACCGACGAGGAGAAAGAGAAGUUGGCGGUGUUGAGACAGCGUGGGCGUAGUGCUUCGCGAGAAGCCGGCGAGUGGCGUGCUCGCGGAAGACCGCGCGCCGUUUUUGGCCGCAAAGGCGCAAAAGAAGGAGAACUGAACUGGCCGCGCGGAGUUUGCGCUUUGGCCGGAGGGCUCGUUGCCACGUGCGAUUCGUCCAACCACCGGGUCUGUGUGUUCGACAAGGACGGAAAGUUCGUUCGACAGUUCGGAGGAUACGGAUCCGGCAGUGGACAGCUCGACUCGGCUGCCGGACUUGCCAGCUCGAAGCUGAGAAUUGUGGUGUCUGACAGGUACAAUCAUCGGAUUUCUGUGUUUGGAUUGGAAGGAGAUCACCUCUUUUCAUUCGGAGGUCACGGACCGGGCAACGGAAAGUUCAACAAUCCGUGGGGCGUGGCCGUCGACGAUUUGGGAAGCAUUUAUGUGGCUGACAAGGUCUGCCUGCUGUGGAUCUCUUACCCUUUUACUAACCUUGAUCACAAUUUCAGGACAAUCAUCGCGUGCAAGUCUUCGAUAAAAACGGUCAGUUUAUUGCAAAGUUCGGAUCGUUCGGACACAUGCCCGGACAACUGAACAGUCCCCUUUUUAUCGCCGUCAGCAGAGCCACUCAUCAAGUGAGCCUCCUUCCUCUGAUUCCCUCCCUAAUCUUUUCACUCUAAGGUGUACGUAUCCGACUCGUCGAACCAUCGAAUCAGCGUAUUCGACCCGCAAGGGGUCCAUCUGUUCUCGUUCGGCGAGGAAGGUUUCCAUGGCGGACAGUUCAAAUUCCCUCGCGGAAUUGCCAUUGACACACAGGCAUCCGAUAAAAAUAUCGAUCCAUUCAGAUUCUUAAAUUUCAGGAAAACCUGAUCAUCGCCGAUUCCGGCAACAACCGCAUUCAGAUCUUCGACGCCCAGGGCCAGUUCGUUUCUUCGUUCGGCACUUGGGGCGGAGGCGCCGGCCAACUGAAGGGCGUCGAGGACGUCUGCGUCACCAUCGACGGCUCAAUCGUCGUCACCGACCGCGAGAAUCAUCGCAUCCAGAUCUUCUAA